UAGUGUUUACUUCUGCAGCAGGCGGCACGUGGAGGUGUUCUCGCAGCAGCCACACACACAGCCACAGCCGCCACUGCAUAACCACUGGCUCACCACAUACAAUUAUCGAUAGUGUGGCAGCAUGUCCAACAGUGUGGCAGGACUGGUGCAGUAUGUGGUGGUACGGAAAGACUUAUUUACCUGCCUGGCUUGGCCUGUGGGAGCUGUCAUUGCCCAGGCCUGUCAUGCUGCCACGGCUGUCACCCAUCUCUUCCAUGACGAUGACAACAUGAAAACCUACUUAGCAGAUCUGGACAACAUGCACAAGGUUGUGUUAGGAAUAGAUGGUGAAGCCAAAAUAAGACAGCUGUCAGAGAAGCUGAGUGAGGCAGCAGUGGAUCACAAGCUCUGGAUAGAGCAGCCUGAGGACAUCCCAACCUGCCUGGUGACCAAGCCUUACCCCAAGCAGGAGGUGAGCAAGUACUUCAAGAAGCUCAAACUCCUGAAGGUAGACGAAGCACAGGCACAGUCACCAAAAACUGAAGAGAACACCUCUCAGUGACUGUGACUGCAGAGAAGUAAGUGCUUGUGUGGCCUUGGAGGAGUAAAAGUAAUUGGUUUGGUUUGGAAGUGAACAGAUGCUGAUGUGAUUUAUGGAAGUGACCUGGUGAUGUGACCUGAAAAGAGAGAGUAUCCUCUCUGUGACUCAAGAAGAAAGAAAGGCAACCAGUGUGACCUCCAGGAGUAAUUGCCACUGUGACCUGAAAUAGCAAUUGGCAAUGUGACCUCAAGGGACAGCUGGCACUGUGACCCUAAGGGACAACUGGCAGUGUGACCUCUAGGGACAACUGGCACUGUGACCUCAAGGGACAACUGGCACUGUGACCCCAUGGGACAAUUGGCAGUGUGACCUGAAGGGACAACUGGCACUGUGACCCCAAGGGACAGUUGGUAGUAUGACCUCAAGGGACAACUGGCAGUGUGACCUCAAUGAACAACAACUGGCAGUGUGACCUCAUGGGACAACUGGCAGUGUGACCUCAUGGGACAACUGGCAGUGUGAUCUCAAGGGACAACUGGCAGUGUGACCUCAAGGGACAACUGGCAGUGUGACCUCAAGGGACAACUGGCAGUGUGACCUCAAGGGACAACUGGCAGUGUGACCUCAUGGGACAACUGGCAGUGUGACCUCAAGGGACAACUGGCAGUGUGACCUCAUGGGACAACUGGCAGUGUGACCUCAAGGGACAACUGGCAGUGUGACCUCAAUGAACAACAACUGGCAGUGUGACCUCAAGAGACAACUGGCAGUGUGAUCUCAAGGGACAACUGGUAGUGUGACCUCAUGGGACAACUGGCAGUGUGACCUCAAGGGACAACUGGCAGUGUGACCUCAUGGGACAACUGGCAGGGUGACCUUAAGGGGCAACUGGCAGUGUGACCUCAAGGGAGAACUGGCAGUGUGAGCUUAAGGGACAACUGGCAGUGUGACCUCAGGAGACAACUGGCAGUGUGACCUGAAGGAGCAACUGGCAGUGUGACCUCAAGGGACAGCUGGCAGUGUGACCUCAGUUAAGGGACAACUGGCAAUGUGACUUCAAGGGACAACUGGCAGUGUGACCUGAAGGAGCAACUGGCAAUAUGACCUGGAGAAAUUAGUUGACCGUGUAAUCUUGAGUUAUUGAGGCGCGGAACAUUAUUGAAAUGUGUUACUUAUGUAAUAACGCGCACUUGUGUGUGUGUGUGUGUGUGUGUGUGUGUGUUCCAUGCAUCUCUACAAUAAACAGUUUACUGGCUCGUAAGUGUUUUUUAGAACUCACAAAAGAAAUAAUGCAUUGCUACCGAGCCACACUCAUGUUUCCUCAACAUUUGUCUGCCUAUAGUUUGGCACGUGCUGUAAACGUACACGUGUCGCCAAGCCUUUCAGUGUUUUCACGAGUAUUAUAUUACAUUUCGAUCAUUGUUAUUAUUGCUAUCAGUUUCCCUCAUUGAGUCCCAGUGAUACUUAUAGGCAGGGGAGAGAUAUCGUGUUCCAUGAGCCAGAAGCCACUCUCAGCUGUAUCCUUCUCAAAUUCAGCGCUUCACAUACUGCCAACCGCAUCAGGUACUGCUCGUGUAACUGUUCUGCAAUAUCCUUGGUGAAUAAAGCAUUCCAAGCCUUAA